GAACACUGUGCGGAAGCGGUGGCGGCUGUUCUUUUCACCACCACCCCUCCCUCCCUCCGGAAACCAGUGAGAGCAGGAAAGGCAAGAACCCGAAGAGCGAGCGAGCGAGCGAAAGAAACCGAGCUUGCAAGCCUCACGGAAGGCCAAGCUCGGCAGUGGCGGGCGCGCGGGGAGCAGGACAGCAGCAGCUCCUCUUCCUCCUCCCGGGGAGGGAAUAGAGCCGAGGGAAACUUGGAGCCGUUUUCUCGAGAGCUUUAGGAGGAAGCCUCCGCCGACAGCCCCCAAACCCCGGGAAGAUAUGCUGAACAGAAUGUAAAGAUAUCAUGGCCUUACUUACAGUGACAGAUAUGGAAGGAACAGUAUCAUCUACUAUUCAUCAAAAUGGUGGUAUCGUUGGAAAUUCUACCAUUUCUCGACCGUCAGAACAGCCUUUUCGAAUUUACCUUUAUAAUUCCGCAGGAAAGACAGAAAGUGACUAUCUACUGUUUCCAGCUGGAGAGUAUAUUGCAGAAGAAAUUUGUGUGGCCUGCUGUAAGGCUUGCGGGAUCCUGCCUCUGUACCACAACAUGUUUGCACUAAUGAGUGAGGUUGACCGAUGUUGGUAUCCUCCAAAUUACACCUUCCAAAUAGAUGGAUCAGCUACUGUCACUGUACUCUACCGAAUAAGGUAAUGCUAAUUGUGGUUUAAUUGGUAGUAAAUGGGACUCUGUAGUGAGAUUGCAGUGCUUUGUUCCUGAAAACAAAACUAAUAUUUCUGGAAAAGGUUUGAGUCAGAAUUUGAUUUUACUUAUGUAUCAUCUUAAAGGACUUUUUUCAGUCAUAUGUAAAGAAGCAACUUUAAUCAGAGAAUCAAGAAUGUCAGUUAAUAGUUUCUUUAAUCUGAGUUUCUAAUAUUUGAGCAUAAAUAAGAAUGAACAGGAAUGCUGAAUUACCACAGCUUAUCAAAUACAUAGGA